GAAAGGGCAAUGUUUGAUGGAUCGUGAAGUUCAUCCAAGCUUUCUGUCGGCGUUGUAAUGUUACACAUGAUAAGAUACGCAAUUUAAUUCCCUGUAAUUCACUUGACGGAUCUGUAGCGCAGCUAAUAAACGGAAGCUGAUGACAAUAAGCAUGUGACGGGCUGUAGUGUGUGAAGCUUGCUCGCUCGCGCGGGGAUCUGUCAGAAAGAGAAAAGGAGAGAGAGAGGGAUGGGGCAGAUAUAUUCCAUCAAACCGACUCACACGAGACUGAAAUGAUGCGGAGAUCCCUUCGCCAAAUACAGCCCGAGCAUCAUUCAACCUAAUAAGAGGCAGAAACAUGCUUGCUCGAAUAGACCCGUGAGCGACACACAGCAGGGACACUGAUGAAGCCAGCUGUCACUCACCUCACGCGAGGAUCUUUGACAACUCGAUUCUGGAAGUGAAACUUUUCUAGAACAUCAAGACUGAUUCGAGUGCCAUCGGAUUGAGCUAAAUCGAAAGCAAUUUCAAAUCGGGGGAGCUGUGAUCGGGAGAUUGUUGAACAAAAGACACGCGACCAAGUUGAUACCCACAGCUUCCUCUAAUUGCAAGCUCACAUUGGAGGUGGAACAAUUAAUGCGAAAACCCCACACCCCCCUCCUCCCUGCCUCCAAGCUCCUCCUACUCCAUCGUCAUGGCGAUGAGCAGUGAUCCUGGUUACAUGGGGGUGGACCCUGACCCAGACUCCUCCCAUGUGGCUGAGUUGACUGACAAGAUGUCUGUGGUGUCGCUAAGGUCUGAUCCCUCCUCCAGUGUAGUGAAGAAUGGGACAGGUGUUAAGAAGAGGCCACACCUGUCAGGCAGGAAGAUGUCAUUGCAGGAGAGAGGAACAUACGUGUCUUCUGGGAGCGGAGCUGACCGCUAUUCCCGAAUAGCCAGACAGCCAACCAUCGAGUCCAAGCGAGUGUCCAUCUCAGACUCGCAGGAUUGCAUCCAGCUUAACCAGUACAAGUUAAAGAGUGAGAUUGGGAAGGGCUCAUAUGGUGUUGUCAAGCUGGCGUACAACGAGGAUGAUGACAAAUAUUAUGCAAUGAAAGUAGUAUCUAAGAAGAAGCUGAUGAAACAGUAUGGUUUUCCCCGCCGCCCUCCUCCCCGAGGUCCUAAAGCAGCCCAGGGGGUGCAGCCCAAGGUGCUUGGUCCUCUGGAGAGAGUUUACCAGGAGAUAGCCAUCCUGAAAAAACUGGACCACCUCAACAUAGUUAAAUUGAUUGAGGUGCUGGAUGAUCCAGCGGAGGACAGCCUUCACAUGGUGUUUGAGCUGAUGCAGAAGGGCCCUGUGAUGGAGGUCCCCAGCGACAGUCCGUUCAGUGAGGACCAGGCCCGCCACUACUUCAGAGACAUUGUUCUUGGCAUCGAGUACUUGCACUAUCAGAAGAUCGUUCACAGAGAUAUCAAACCAUCUAAUUUAUUACUGGGAGAUGACGGACAUGUCAAGAUUGCAGAUUUUGGGGUUAGUAACCAGUUCGAGGGUAAUGAUGCCUUGCUCUCCAGCACUGCUGGUACUCCUGCCUUCAUGGCCCCAGAGACGCUGUCGGACAACCGCAAGAGCUUUAGUGGAAAGGCUCUGGAUGUGUGGGCUAUGGGAGUGACCCUCUACUGUUUUGUGUAUGGGAAGUGCCCAUUUAUUGAUGAGUACAUACUGGCACUUCACAAUAAGAUCAAGAGUAAGCCGGUGGAGUUCUCCGAGACGCCAGCUAGCAGUGAGGGGCUGAAGAACCUGGUCUCACGAAUGCUGGACAAAAACCCAGACACCAGGAUCCCUAUUCCUGAGAUCAAAGUGGACCCCUGGGUGACUCAGGAUGGCACUGACCCUUUGCCUUUAGAAGAGGAUCACUGUACUGUAGUGGAAGUCACUGAAGAAGAGGUGCAGAAUUCAGUGAAGUUUGUCCCAAGUCUGUCAGCUGUGAUUUUGGUCAAAGCCAUGUUAAGGAAGCGUUCCUUUGGGAAUCCAUUCGAGUGUCCCAGCAGGAGAGAAGAGAGAUCCAUGUCUGCACCCGGCAGUCUGCUCAUGGACUCUUGGCCGUUCCGGCCCUCUUUUAAACUCCAGCCCUCAUUAAGAAAAGGGAGCAGUGGAGAGGCUGGUAGAGAAGUUGAGCUCGAGGACUUACAUGAGGACGAACCACCCACCUUUUGAGUGUCUUCAUAAAUCCUGAAGAGAUCCUCAUUGUCCUUCAAUCCCUUCGAGCAGAAGAUGAUCAUGACCCAAACCGCUCAACUACACUCUGUUUCCACCGAAUUGAGGCAUACUUUGACAUUGAACUGGAUUCUGCUAUUGCUAGUCAUCCUUCAGGCUUUUCAUCUUUGUCAGUCUUGCACAAGAAUCACUUAUGGUUCUCAUGAAACCUGGCCUUGAUAAUCUGGCUGAAAACUAUUCUUUCUCCUUCGUACUAUUUGGAUCUUUCCAUCCUGGUCCUCUCAUCCUGGCUAAACUAGUAGAUUUUGUAUGGAAUCUAUAUUAGGCCAGAUUUGUUUGAAAGACACACUAUGCCACAAGCGUUCUAGUGCAUAAGACUACAGCAUGGACAAAAGAUGUUAUUAACUUGGUAAGCUGUUGAUGCAGUGUGCUGCCAUCAUAACCUCUGUACAUGUGUAGAAAAUAAUAGCAAUGGCGUCUCGCCUUUUUUGUAUAUGUUAAUGUGCAAUUCUUAACCCUAUCCAUCAAUAGCAUGCCUGAAAUAUUGUCUUCUCCAUAUAAUGGUGGUUCCAUAUCUCUGUGGCUUUCCUUUUCUUUCAUACCAUCACAUUUUCAGAUUUUUUUCAGAUACUAUGUAUAAACACACACAGUGUUGUACUGUGAAACAAAGGGGCUUAUGUAACUACUAGAUACUAAAAGAGGCUCUUGUCUGGACAUUGUCAAUUCUAGAAAACAGGGCUUUCUCAUACAGCGUGUUUGAGCGCUCUGUAUAACUAUUUUCUAGAACAGGGCUUAUUUUCCAUGUUUGUGAAUGUCACAAAUGCUUCAUUCGGAUCGCACCGGAUGCAGGGCUCUCGUGUUGCAGCGCUUUGUCUCUCUGCAGGAACAGAAUGUGUCAUUGUUUACAGAGUCUUCACAUUCCAAAAGGCCUAUUUGUCAGUCAGCAGUGCUUACGGGCCCUCGAACACACACGCAAACAUGCCACCAAGGCGAGCAAGUGUGCGCUGAUGCAGAAAGAGAGGGAGUCACUUUCCCUCAAAACAGACAAGCCAAUUGAGGGAAGGAUCUGAAUAUGGUGUUUAGCUGUGCAACGAAAAUGAACUGCCAUUCAGUGUCAUCAUGGUCCCUCUCGGCCUGUAUCAACUCCGUCCAAAACAAUACGCCCUUGUUUACAUCGGAUCGUCUGCCAGGCGAAUCCAUCAUGCCCUGUUUUUGAAAUCACAUAUUGAAAGUGCACAGAGAGUCUGAGUUUGACGAUCAUUGUAAAGGCACAUUGAUGAUAAAGAUAUCUAAUUACCAGAGCAGAGCACUCAUAUUAAUUCGAUUUUUAGCAUUAUGAAGUUCUCACUGUGCAUGUUUCCAUUUUAAAAGGACAGUUCACCCAGAAAUUAAAUAGCAUUAAUAGCAAAUACUUGCCAAUUGAGACCAAAGCUUAAAAAUGUGAGACAGGCUGAAUAAAAAUGACAAAAAUCAGUGGCUCAAAAGCAGAAAUGCCCCAUUUACCCUGGUAUUCUUAAUGCUGUGCAGUGUCCUGUUUCUGAUGCCCAGUCAUCAUGGAAAGAAA